GACAAAACCAUAUCCUAUAUGUGUUGCUCAGGUGUUUUUUGCCUUCCUUUUCAGAGCAUCUGAAUUUUACCUGCUGGCAGCUAUGUCCUAUGACCGCUAUGUUGCCAUCUGUAAGCCCCUGCAUUACACAGCCAUCAUGAGCACUAAAAUCUGCACACAGCUUGUCUUCUGCUGUUGGCUUGCUGGGUUCUUUACCAUCUUUAUACCUCUCCUCUUGGGCCUAAACCUUGAUUUCUGUGACUCCAACAUUGUAGAUCAUUUCUACUGUGACACAACUCCUCUCAUGCAGAUCUCCUGCUCAGACACACUGCUCAUCGAGACGAUGGGAUACAUUUCUGCUGUGAUGACACUCGUGGUCACCUUGGCAAUGGUGAUAAUAUCAUAUACGUAUAUUGCGAUAACAAUUCUAAAAAUCCCUUCAGCUAAUCAGAGGAAAAAAGCUUUUUCAACAUGUUCUUCUCACAUGAUUGUGAUCUCCCUUUCUUAUGGCAGCUGCAUCUUCAUGUAUGUUAAACCAUCAGUGAAACAGAGAGUAUCUUUUUCCAAGGGAAUUGCAGUUCUCAAUACCUCUGUUGCACCACUUUUGAACCCUUUCAUCUACACCUUACGGAACCAACAGGUAAAAAAAUCCUUCAUGAAUAUGAUACACAGGGUUGUUUCUCUCCCAAACAAAUGACUAUCCUUUUGCAGCACAUGUAAAGAAACAAACAAAAGGACCCUGGCAAUACCAGUGCAUCCAAUCGUAGCUUCCAAUACAUAGUUUCCUCCUUUAUUUUGAUUUCCUUCCUUUGAUAUUUAUCUUUAUCUCAUUUCAAGCUUUAUUUUCAAAAAGCUUGGUCUCAAAGAAGUUUGUUUUCUUUAUAGACUUCAUUAUAGAUGAUUUUCACUUUACAUCAUUUCCUGUUGAUACCUGGAAACACUGAGCUAAGUUCUUCAAUCUGUCACUUUUAUAAUUGAAAUCUAGUUAGUCUAGAAUAUAAAUAUAUUUAAUUAAAAUAUAUUGAAUGUAGCAUGCAAUGUAAACUUUUUAUCAUUCUUUAUUUGCACUUAAUUACUACCUACUUAAAACUAAUAUUCAUUUAUAUUUUUUGUAAUACUACCAAUUUUUGUGUUAACUCUACUUAAUAAAAAUUAAAUUGUGCGUGGGUUAGCAAUUAGUGUUGAUGUUCAAGUUAGAAAGUGUGUAUUAAAAAUAAGAUAGUUGUUUUGAAGUACAUUCUAUAGAAUCUAGAUUUCUGUUUUCUGUUAGUACAUUGUUAACAUUUAGAUGUAUUUCAGUUGUAGAUUAAAAAAUGUGUUUUCUUACUGGUUUAUUUUAAAAAUUAAUAAUGACGUACAAUACUUAUUAGGUGUUUCCAUACUCAAAAAGCACUCUUUAACACCUUGAAUACUUCUGAAGCUACCUGAAAACUGCUUGUAAAUGAUUGUAAAAUAAGGAGAACAAUGCUAAUUCAAUGUAUUUAUUCUUUCCAUUUGUAUCCAAUAUACAUAUAUAACUAUACUUCCUACCAGUGAAACCAAAAUAGUAGGAUAAACUAAACCUUUUCUUUAGGAUGUUUUAAUUCUUGCCAUAGUCUGGAAAUUCAGGGAUUCAAUUUCUGUGUCAUGACCAGAAUUUUAAAAUAUUACAUAUAAUAA